GGAUCAUCUUUGCUGCUGCUGCCGAAACACAUUAUGCCGCCCAAUGCCAUUCACUCGCGUGGUAUAUGCAAUGCUUUCGAUAAAAGGACGAGUAUGCCUGCAGUCCUCGGCGGCGGCACAGACUGGUGUGGAGUGCAGUGCAGUGUGGUCGUACGCUCGUCACGUUCUGUGUGGGACUCAGGCGGAAGCUCGUGGAUCGGUGCUGCGUUGUUGACUGGCGGAGGUGGAAUGAAAGGAGGUUGAAUGGACGCCCUGGUGCGAGGUGUGACGCUGCUGGAGUGUUCUCUGUUGGACCGCAAUGGCUCGGCCGACGGCAGUGUCCCGUGCGGUGUUUGAGGAAGAAGGUUCGUCGACGAACCGCCGGUACAGCGUUGGCCGCAGGUAAAGAUAUAGUCCUGAUGAGGUACCGGACACUUACUCGAGACGCGGGCCGUCGUCGGCGACUCGGAGAUUUUUGGGGAUCAGGUACGGCGUUCUAGCGAGUGGAUGAGUAAUUGAAGAUAGUAAUAAGGUGGACGCGGUUCGUAGGUCAGGUCACACACAGACAAGACGUACAAGUGUUGCUCCAGUCC